AAACUGCAGCAGUUGUGCAAUAUGAAUAUACUGUUGCGGUGAUGGUGCCUUGCUGCUAUAUGUCUUCCUUUUGCUCAUUCACUUUGAUGGUUUCACUCCUGUACUUCUCCCAACAAACUCCCUACAACGAUGGAUCUGGACCAAAAUGGCACACAUAUCCAACAUGAACAACUUUGAAUACUGGCAGAGUUUGGGGGGAAAUGACCCAUGAUUUCAAGAAUUGUAGUUCAUCCAUAUUUGUGGCAGGCCUACCCAACAUUUGUUGAGGGAGGAAGAACAAAGAUAAUGAGAGAUGAUUAAUGAAGAUGAACAGCUUGGAGAAAAAUAGGAAAGCUUUGAGAUGCUUCCAAGUGAGACAUGGGGGUGCUAGGAGGCAUGAAGUGAAACUUGGGGGUGCUAGGAGGACUUUGGGACCUAUGGCGGGGUGGUAGUAUUCUAUUUGCCUUACCAUUCCUAGCGAAGCUUAAGCAGGAGCCAGAGCCAAAAAGUCCUUUACAGUGUACAGUCAUUCGAACUAUUCUCAGCGAAAGAUAUGUAAUCUGAGUUUGUGUGACAUCACAGAAGCUCAGGAAAAAGAUUCUACAAGGGACUUUGGCAAUUGACAAUGAUGCUGCAAAGUACGAUGGCAUCUGUUUAAUUUGUGGGAUACAUAAGAGAACUCUCCUGAACACUGGCACUAUGAGUAUACCUGAUAAUGUUGUUUUCCUAAAUUAAACUUCCUUUGAAUCGAAGGCAGACUGAAUACUACCUUCUGUAUAAGAUGAAUGCGGUUACCUGGGACUACUAGAAAGAUAGUAAGAUUUCACUUUCCAAGGCCAUUCACAUAUUCUAGUCAGAUGUGUAGCAAGGAUACAGAUGGUAAGAAUAGCACUCUGUGCAAAGACCAUGGGCCGGAAUAUUCUAAAAAUGCUUCAGAAAGCCUACAGAAGUACAGCCUCCAAACACAGCAAAGGCAGGAUAGAAGAGAGUCAGGUGGUUAUAUGAGUGAUGAAGAUAGUGGCAUAGCCCAGAGGCUGUCUACCUUCUCCAAAGGAGGGGCAACACUUGUCAGUGAAGAGGAAUUGCUUCAGCUGGCACAGGUGAGGCCACCACAAUCAUAUGGUGGCCCAAAAUAUAAUACUGAAAUUCUAAUACAGAAGAUUAAGGCACAGAUAGAACAGCAGGAGGCAAUUAAAGAAUUUGUGAGUCUAGAACAUAUCAAACCACUUGAUGAUUGCCAGGUUGCCAAAGCACCAGAAAAUCGAGAUAAGAACAGAUACCGAGAUGUCCUCCCAUAUGACCGAACAAGAGUUACCCUUGGAGAAAAGAAAGACUACAUUAAUGCCAACUACAUUCGUGUUCCAGUGGGUGAAACAGAGCUCUUUUACAUCUCUACCCAAGGCCCUCUAUGUUGUACCACAAAUGACUUCUGGCAAAUGGUCUGGGAAAACCACUCCAAUGUUAUUGCCAUGAUUACAAGAGAAACGGAGCAUGGAAUACAUAAAUGUCAUCGAUACUGGCCUGAGCCUCCCAAUGAUUCUGUUAAUUUGACCCAGUUACAGUUGCGACUGGAUAACUAUCAAAUCCUGGAUUGUUUUGUUAUUAGAAUAAUAGAAGUGAUGAACAAGCAGACAUUGGAGAGGCGCAUUGUGCAUCACCUCCAGCUCACAACCUGGCCUGACCAUGGCACACCCAGAUCAUCAGAAGACCUUCUCAAGUUUGUUCGUUACAUGAGAAAGGUUCACCAGUCAGGCCCUAUUAUUGCACACUGCAGUGCCGGGAUUGGAAGGAGUGGAGUUCUGCUUUGUGUGGAUGUUGUGUUGAGCUACAUAGAAAAAGAUUUGCCUUUUGACAUCAAGAUGAUUGUAACACAUUUGAGGCAUCAGCGCGGUGGCAUGAUCCAAACCAAGGAACAGUAUGUGUUUUGCUAUGAAAUAGCCCUUCAAGUCCUGAAGAACAUUCAAAGCAUGAGUACCCAGCAACCGCAGUAAAGAAAAUACUGCUUUUACAUCUCCAUGAGACUCUUAUUAACUGCAACUCAUUCCAUGAAGAUGUCCAAGGAACAAUAGGAAGUCCUAUAUAAAUGAAUUGUGCUAUAUUUCUGUAUCAAUUUGAUUUUUAAAGCACUAUCUAAGCAAAGUAGACAGACAUAUGCAGAAAAUGUAGAUAUAAAAAUGUGUGCUUGUAACCAAAUUCACUUCUGCUAGCCUUUGUAAUGUUACCUUUUGCCCCAGAGUAUAUCAGAGAUUAAUAAGUAUGCAUGGCAGUUGAAAGAACAUUGUUUUCUUUCAUUCAGGUAUCUUUAAAUUACAUAAGACCUUGCUGUUUCUGAAGAGGAGAGUUGUGAGACUGUAUUCUGAAUACUUACGCUAUCUUCCUAGAUGAAUAUUAAUUUCUCGGAGCAAUCUCCUAUAGAACAAUUUCUAUGCUGAUGUCUUCAUGAGGAAGUUCUGGAGCUUUCCCAGGUCUCCGUUGGUGUAUACCAGCUAUUAGGAAUUGUGGGAAUUGAAAUAUAAAACACCUGGAGGGCCCAAGUUUGCCCAUAUCUGAUGUAUACCAUGACACAGUUUUUAUAAUAUUUACAAUAUUAUAUUAACUGGGACGUGCCAACUCUGGGCUUAUCAACACCAGCCAUAUAAUCCAAAGUGGAACCUGGAUAGAAAGCAGAUAGAGACUCCUGGUCCUUAAUGCAUGGCUCAGCAAAGGCACCCAAUGACAGCUAAGAGCGGUCAAGUGUUCCAGCUGCCCCAAUGACACAAACAACGGACUAGGGAAGGAUGACAGUCCAAUCAUGCUAUAUUCAUUUCAGCCAAGCUGAACCAGUGGGGAUCCACUACCACUGCCCUGGGUCAUGUGCAGAGCAUGUGGAUACAUUAUUGCUCUGGGUGGACCCCAGAUUUUCUGGGAGAUAGAGAUGAGUCCUUAAUUAAAAUGUUAGAAAGGAAAUCUGGACUACCUAUCUUUGGUCUCUCUUAUAACACUAAUGUAUUGAGAAGAUAUUUUAAUUUUAAUGAAUUAUGAGGCAUGAAGAGAAACUUUUACAAUAUUUUCCCCAGCUAGCUAUGUAAAAGAGCCCUCAGUGGCACAGCAGAUUAAACUGCUGAGCUGCUGAACUUGCAGACCGAAAGGUUGGCGGUUCGAAUCCAGGGAGCAAGAUGAGCUCCCGUUGUUAGCCCUAGCUUUUGCCAACCUAGCAGUUCAAAAACAUGCAAAUGUGAGUAAAUCAAUAGGUACUGCUCCGGUGGGAAGGUAACGGCGCUCCAUGCCGUCAUGACGGCCACAUGACUUGGAGAUGUCUAUGGACAACGCCAGUUCUGUGGCUUAGAAAUGAAAAUGAGCACCCCUAAAAUCAGGUACGACUAGACUUAGUCAGGGGAAAACCUUUACGUUUACUAGCCCUGUAAAAUUCAAGCUGGUUUUUUGAGGGAAAUGAGCUUGGAUGAAGGUUGUUCUGGGGAGACGAACAGCACACUUCCUUCUAGAUCCCAAUUUUUCUCCUCUAUUCAUGUUCUCUCUCAGGAAAUGUAGGUUGGGACUCCCUUAUUUAUUAAGAGAAAGGCCCAGCCGUGUUAAAUAAUGUUGGGCAUUACAGAAAGUUAUUUAUCCUCAAAUAAUAAACUGUCUUCAUUUCUUCAUACUACAUUAGAGUUUCACUUAUCCAACACUUGCUUAUCCAACGUUCUGGAUUAUCCAACACAUUUUUGUAGUCAAUGUUUUCAAUACAUUGUGAUAUUUCGGUGCUAAAUUCGUAAAUACAGUAAUUACUACAUAGAAUUACUGCGUAUUGAACUACUUUUUCUGUCACAUUUGUUGUAUAACAUGAUGUUUUGGUGCUUAAUUUGUAAAAUCAUAACCUAAUUUAAUGUUUAAUAGGCUUUUCCUUAAUCCCUCAUUAUCCAACAUAUUUGCUUAUCCAAUGUUCUGCUGGCCCGUUUAUGUUGGAUAAGUGAGACUAGUGUAUAUGCUGUAUUUUAUGGUUUUAGUCCAACUGUGGCAUCAACAGGCACUUGAUAGGGACUCCAUUACAUCUUAAACAGGUUCUCCCAGUCAACUAUUCCCUAGGACAGCUUUCCUAAUACCCAGGUCCCCACAUUUCCUACCAGUUCCCAUCACUUCCAACUGGAAGCGAUAGAUGCUAAUAUUCAAAAUCUGGGGGUCGAAAGUUGGGAAUGGAUUCCCCUCAACAAUAAAUAUUGUAACAUCCUAAUAAAUUUAUACAUCUGAACAGAAAGCUAAACAUACAGUUAGAACUAAAAUAGAAAAUGUGGGCUUUUCAUAGGAAUUUGAUAGAUUAGAAGAAAAUAAAUCCUGAUAGGUCCUCAUCCUGGCAGCCCUCAGUGACUACAGUUUUGAAGUGAAUAGAAUAUCCUCUAUGUUCUUGUUAAUUUAUGUUAUUGUUAAUCAAACGUUAUUGCAGAAUAUGUUUUUCUUGGUUCAAGGUUAAACAUGAAUAUGAUCAAAAAUGACAACCUAUGAAAACAUAAGGUUCAUCGUGUUCCAUCUCUUUUUAACUGAUGUAUCAUGUUUUCAGAUUUUUGAAUGAAGAAAUUAAAGUCUUUGAGCAAAGCA